AAACAAACAUUUUUUUACUUUUUCGGCCUUCGGAUCGUUCGGACGUGCUUCGCGGUCUCGUCUGUGUGAGUGAGUGAGUGUGCGUGAGUGGAGCGGCUAGCAAGCACAAUUAAAAUAAAAUCGAGUUGCAGCUGUUAAUCCAGAGAUAACGGGCGAUACAAUACAAUAUCAUUAUCUUUUUACAAAGAAAUCGGAGUGAAAUAAUGCCGCACACAAGUGCAUAAAGCGGCGUGUCUGUGUGCGUGUGUCCCCCUAUCUUUGAAAUAGUAAACAAUUAAAAAAAAAGAAUAAAAAAGGAAACAAAAACUCAAAUUAAAAUUAUUAAACAAAAUAAUUUGCAGUGCGUGUAAAAUAAUUCGGGAAAGCCGCCGCAAGAGCAGCGCGCUGAAAGUGUGUUGGCGAAGCGUGCACACAUAAAUAUAUAUACCAGCGAAUAAGUGCAUAUAACGUGUACAUAAUACAUAAGCAGUGCAUUUAAUUAAGUGAGAUCCAUAUAGUUUUGUGCAUGCAAAAUUGGGAAAUCCAAAAGGAGUUUCCGCAGCAGCAGCGCAGCGGCAGAGGCGCCACCAAAGUAACGGAUUUUCACACGCGGUUGACCAAGAUACAACAUCACGACGACGCGACGAGCGAAAAUGGCCAAAAUGGAGGUCGACGACGUGGUCGACUUGAGUUUAGGGUCCGGUCGUGAUCCGGCGUUGACCAUAACGCCGGCUCCAUCUCCGGCGGCGCUUAGUAAUCGGGAUCUGCGAGCGCUGACGGCCAACAACACGGGUCUGACCAUCACUCCAUCUCCGGCGCCGGCGACCAAUAAUGGCACCACCACCAAUAGCAGUAACAUUAACUCCAACAGCACCACCAACAAUAGUAGUAAUACCACCAAUAGCUCCAGCACAAACAACAACAGCAUCAAUGCCAGUGAAGGGGUCACAGGUGCGACAGGUGGUGGUGGUGGUGGAUCCUUGGGUGGCGGUCAGGAUGAGAAUAAGGUUCAAAGGCGGGUCCUGCGACCCCGAACCGAACCCAAAUCCUAUGCCGAAGCACCGGACAUUGUGUUAUUACCCGCUCGCACCAAUGGACGUCAGCAGAAUGGGAAUAUAGAUUCUGAGACAGAUGACGAGGAGAUGCCGCCCUAUGUGCCCAUCAAGGAGCUGAGUCAUGCGGAGCUCAAGGAGCGUGAGAAGAGUCUGAGGAAGCUGCGACAGGAUUUGCGUAAUGAGGAGACCAAACUGAUGCUGCUCAAGAAACUGAAGCAGUCGCAGCAGGUGAUGAAGGAGAAUAUGGUGGUGACCCCGACCAGCGUUUCGCCCAACAAUCCGCUGGCCGCAAUUCCCGCCGCCCUCACCUCGAAGGGAUCGCUGAGUGUGACGCCGACGUCGGCUGUACCGCUGCCCGCCCACAGCAAGGGCAGCAGGAGCAGCUUAAGCGGCAGCGGCGGACCGGCAGUGAGCAUCAGCGCCACCAACAGUCGAACGGGAAGCUCAAGUUCAGCGGUGGCGGCCGCUUCUGCAAUGGCAGCUGCAGCGGCCGUCUUGAGCGGUCAACAUCGCAGCAGCAGCAGCAACUCCAUCCUGCCGCCGCCAAGGUCAUCGCUGCCAGCGGGCGCCACAUUAGCCGCCGGUACCACCAUCACGCCCGCCACCUCCUCAUCACACCGCUCGAGCAAUCUGCCGCCGCGCACCAACCUGCCGAAUCUCACCAUCACGCCCUCGGUGACCAUCACGCCCACAUCGGCGCCGCCCUCCAGUCUGAAACCACGCAAUCCUAAUAUUUCGGAUAAUUCGAAGGUACCUGGGACCAUAAGCAAUUCUGUAUCCAUCACGCCGGCGCUACCACUGUCCCAAUCGCAUCAGAAUCAGCACAACGAGCAAAAGAAUGAUCGCUCCACGCCAAGAGAAGAUGCUCAGACACCUGCUCAAAGACAGGCGGCAGCUAAAAUGGCCCUUCGCAAGCAACUGGAAAAGACGUUGCUACAGAUUCCCCCACCAAAGCCACCACCGCCAGAGAUGCACUUUAUACCCAAUCCCAGCAAUACGGACUUUGUCUAUCUUCUUGGUUUGGAAACUGUUGUGGACUAUUUGACCGUCAACAAGAAGGCCAAUGCUGUGGCAGCUCCCUUCCGUUGUGCCCAGUGCAAGAUCGAUUUUACGCCUGUGUGGAAGUGGGAGAAGCAGACCAACAAGGAUCCCAAGGUGAUUUGCGAGCAGUGCGUCACCUCGAAUGUGAAGAAGGCUCUUAAGGCGGAGCACACCAACCGACUGAAACAGGCGUUUGUGAAGGCGCUGCAGCAGGAGCAGGAGAUCGAGCAGCGUCUGGCCAGCCAGAGCAGUCCCUCGCCAGUGGACACCCAUGGAUCGAGUGGUGGCGGUAACUCGCUCUCCGUCUCCGCCGUGACCAGCAACUCCUCAUCGUCGCACCUGCAAAGGGAACGGGAACAGUUGCAGGCGACGCACGCUUCGGCGGCGGCUGCUCUGGUCAAUUUGCCGCCGUCGGUGACGGUGAUACCCACCAAAUGCCACACGCCAACACCAGCGACACCGCGUCCAACGCCGCCGCCACCCCAAAGUCAAGCCACACCACCGCCGUCUUCGGGUGCGUCGCGAUCCUCGCGAGCAGCUGCCACGGCUGCAGCGGCCGCCAUUGCCGCUCAGCAGGCGGGAAUCCUUAGUCCCGGACCGACAGCAGCGCAUCACCAUGAGGCGUCCACCUCCUCCAGAUCCUCCCGCAACGAUCGUCUCGAUCACCAUCACCAGUCGCAACAGCAACAGCAGCGCGAUCAGCGCGACAGAGAUCAGCAGCGGGAUCAGCAGACGCAACAGCAGCAGGCCCAGAGCUACGACAAAUACUCGGCGGCCACGCUGGCGGCGGCUGCUCAUCUGAGUGCCCUUGGCGGCAUGGGUGGAUUGAACAUGAAUAGCUUGGCCAGUCUGGGUAACCUCGGUAAUCUGGGCAACCUCAGCCAGCUGGGCAAUCUGGCUGCAUUGGGAGGAUUGGGCAAUUUUGGAGGAGCCUCAACGGGCUCAUCUAAUCCGGCGGCAGGACUGGGCAAUUCUUCGCCAGCUGCCACAGCGGCGGCCAUGCAGGCUUUCCAACAGCAGCUCUUUAGAGCUCUGGGACAAGGUCUUGGAGGCAAUCCGCAGCAUAUGAUGCAGUUUGCUCCGCUUCUGUAUUCCUACCAGAUGGCCAUGGCGCAGGCGGCACAAGUGGCAGCUUUCAACAAUAACAACAAGAAGAGCAGCUCAUCCUCCGGAUCGGCGAAGAACUCGAGCAGCGCCAGCAGCAUGGCGGAUGUUCAGCGGGCGGCGGAGCUGCAGCGCCAAUAUCUACUGGAGAUGAUUCCACCCCAGCAACAGAGCGGAGCCAGCGGCAGUCGCCAGAACAACUGGAAGGCCUAAGAGGCCGCCACUAACGACAAAUUACAAUUAAUAUAAAACUAAACAGAAGCAGAUGCAGCAGCAGUAAAAACUAUUUUUAUGGUUUUCUUGAUUAGGUAAUUUUAUAAUUUUAACAAAACGGAAGAAACAAAAAGAAUUAUUAAGAAAACAACAUCAAAUAUACACGUAAAUAUUAAUUAUGCUACUUGUAAACAAUAAUUAUACAUAAUUAUACAAAACGGAAGAAGCAAAACAAAGCCGAUCUAAACAUAAUUGUUAGUAGUUUCCUUUUUUGUUACCACUGCAUUAAAUAUUUUAAUUAAUUUGCCAGCCAGAAUAUAGCAGCCGAUAAAUGAAUGCAACCUUUUACGCUCCUAGUAAUUGAAUAUUAAAUAUGAAUAAUAUUGAAUCCUAGCUUGUAAGAAGAUUGCCCCGUUUUUCUAGGGGCACACACACACACCAUUCACUCCCCCCUCGCCACACCUUUUUGUAAUUGUUAACCUUUUUUGGGGGUCCCAAAUAGGAUUGGUAAUCCUUAUCGAUAGAAAGCCCGCUCCCAUUUUGGUCUUAUUCAACAAUUUUGUCGUACAAUUCGUUUAGUUUGUAGCAUCGUGAAUAAAUCUAUAAAUAAUAAUAAUUAUAUUUUUUAAUCAAUUUUAAGCAUAUGCAUAGUAUUAGUUGUAAACAAAUUUUUAGGGUAUAAUAAAUUACAGAAAACAAUUACACAAAAAUUCUUGCAUUGCCAGCCACACCACAUAAUCCACGUUUCAUCGCUCCACACACACAUCAUAAUCAUUUCCGAUAUCAAAUCCUCCACAUGCCUUAUCCAUGUUACAGCUCCGAUACGAAGUUAGUACUGUUAUUUAGUUGAGACCGCAAGGGAUCCAGCAACCAUAUAAAAUACCACGAUCGUCUCUUAGGACUGUUUGAUUUUGUUCCAAUUCAAAUGCAAAACAUACAUCGAAAACUAAAAGCUAAAAACAAACCGUAAAAUAUUUUGUACAUAUAUGACAGAUGAGAUAUUCAUCUUCGGUAAACCGAAAUUUAUAUACUCUUCCCAUUAGAACAGAAACGAUCUUCAGGUUUUCGAUUCUCCAUUGAAAGUGAGCUCCCCCCAAAAAUGGGGGAAUAUGGGCAGACAUGAAUAUAAUAUUGACUGAAUAUUAGCAUAUACACAGAGUAGGAAUCUAGACAGAAGCAGAGGCUUGCAUAAAUCCCUAAACAUACGAAGUAAAACAUAUAUAUUUUUGCUUUAUCGGACGGCAGUUGUAGGUUUACAUUCAGGCGAAUCAUUCGGAAACAAACCAAAUUCACUUUGGGCAUGCGAAAUCAAAAUGUGAUCAAAAUAUGAAAUUACAAAAAACGUAAGAAAAUGAGAAUAAAAUGGAAACAAUUAAAUGGAAACAAGCAGAUGAGAAAUUCAUAAUUAAUUUAAGCUAAAUAAAAAAAAACUAAAAAUGCAUUGUAAUUCAUUCGGCAUCAGUUUCAGUGUGUAUGUGUGUUUGAAAUUCUAUGCUAAAUGUAAAACAGUAUAAGAAUAUAACAGUUUUUAAACCAAAA